AUGGAAGUAGACGAUGAAGAGGAGAAAAAUGAGAGUAAGGGUGUAGAUGAAGAAAAUUUCAAUUUGAAACUUGAUUUGCCUAUGAUUGGUGAUUUGUUUGAAAUGCGCAAGAGCUUGUGUGGACCUCGUAAUUUGCCUAUUCUUAUUUAUACAAUUCUACGUUAUCUCGGUCUCUCGUGGCGUCGAGCAGAUGAUCUGCUUAGAAGCAUUGGUGCUAAUACAUGUGAAACUGCACUUAAGUGGGCAAAGAUUUUCAUUUCAGGUGAUAUUGAAAUAUUUCAAGGUGAAGGCCGAGGAGGUAUGCAUUAUGAAUCUUUUUUCGACGUGUUUACAGAACUCAAGAAAGCUGCUAAAGCUUUCGCUAUUGAAUCUUACUCACGUAAAUCAGCUGAUUUUACAGCUGUUGACUUGGCGAACUUUAUCGAUACAACGUUCUACGAACUAACACAAACAUCAAAGCUCAAUGAUACGCUAGUUCGGUCUAUCGAGAGUUGUCGUUUAGAUCUUCGACGUUGGCUGGCCAAAUUUCAACCGAAUACUCAAAGGCCAUAUUUUGAAGGCCAUGAGAGACAGGAUGUAGUCACUCAUAGGCACGAAUUCAUCUCUUAUUUUCUUCAAAGGAAAGAUGUGUACUACACAAUAAGUGACGGUGAUCAGCCAGUGUGGAAAAUUCCUGCUCAGAAUCCUUGUAUUAUUCUCUUUCAUGUUGAUUCAACUUUUAAGAGCGGUGAAAUGCCGGCUAAAAGGUGGACAGUCGAACGAAACACUCCUUUCUUCUCCAAGGGCCAUCGACGUUCUCACAUGAUCAGUGAUUUUAUCGUUCAGCAUCCAUGCGGCCCGUUCUUUUCUUUAUCUGAUGCCGAAUAUGAUAAAGCAGUUGAAAAAUUCCCUUCUCUUUCUAGUUCUGAUGACCUGAAUUACGUACAAAAUUCAGUGACUGCCGGCAUCAAUGUUGGUGUUGAAGGCUACUUCAGCAACGAAGUCAUUUCGUCGCAAUUUGAACGUUUAUUUCAACUUGUUUCUUUCAAGCAGGAUAUCGGAGGUCAUCAAUUUGAAGUAGUAGUGGACAAUGCCCGCACCGAUUCAGCACGCGAGUAUCCUAUUGGUGAAUUUAGCAAGGGAAUAGGUAUGAAGUGUCCAGUUGACUCGAUUACAUACGUUGACGAUAAGGGUAAAGUCAUCUCAAUUUCCUGUCGCUUUACGACAGGUGACCACCGUGGAAAAACGAAAGGUUUGGUUGAACUAGCAAAAGAGUUAAAACUUCCUUGUCUACCAUCGAUCAAAUUAACCGAGUUGCAAACUCUCCUUGCUCAGCACGCUGCCUUCCAAAAUGUAUCAAAGAUAGAAAUUUUAGCCAGAAAAUACAAUAUUAAGAGUCUUGCAGCAAAUAGUAUACCUGCAGCAUCACCAUUAGCAGGAUUUUUACAACAACAAUUAUCACAGGCACAUGGACAAAUACAAGCAUUACAAGUCCAGCUAAAACAACAACAACAAAUCAAUCAUCAACAAGAAAUGCAACAACAACAAAAUUUACACGAACAACAAAUAGAACAACUACAGGCCCAGUUAAAUCUGGUACAACAAUUCCCAGGUCGAACAUUCCGGUCAUUGGAUCCCAUAAGAUACUCCAGGGUAUAUGCGGGAAAGUCACCAUAUCCUGCAGGAAAACACAGGAAAUCGCUGGAACAUGGAAGCAGUAUUCCAGUCAAAAAUACGACCAGACUUUUCCGACGAAUUUCUGCCAAGUUUUGGUACUUUCUGGCAGGAAUUGAUCGGAAAUCACCAGAAAAAAUGCGAAAAUUUUCCAACCGGAAUACUGCUUUCAGAAAAUCAACAUCCCAAAAUGGUUGA